AUGUUGAAUGCAAGGACCCAAGUAGCAUUAUCAGGUGCUGUACAAACAUGGGUGCGUCAGUCAAGGGCAUUGAUCAUUGGACGACCUCGUAUGCAAAAGGCGUUACCAGCAAGGAAAGGACAUGUUGUGUAUUGGGAAACUUUAUCCCGUCUUGGUAUGACCCCGCACGCGAGACACGUUCACAGCAGUUUCCCACAAUCUUUUCCUCUUGAACCAGAAAACAUGUGCGAUCCCAAAGUUCCUCAACAAGCACUUGACUUUAUCGAAUUUGUCAACAAGUCGCCCUCGCCAUUCCAUGCCACGCACGAAGCUGCCGAGCUCUUGAAGAAGGCAGGUUUUGAAGAGAUCAAGGAACGCGACAACUGGAACGGCAAGAUCAAGAACAAUGGAAAGUACUACUUUACGCGUAACGGUUCAUCCAUUGUCGGCUUCGUUGUUGGUGGCAAGUAUCAACCUGGUAAUGGCUUCUCUGUCGUCGGCGCACACACCGAUUCCCCUUGUCUCAAGGUCAAGCCCAUCUCUAACAAGGAAAAGAGUGGCUAUCUCGAAGUUGGUGUUCAGCUUUAUGGUGGUGGCAUCUGGCACACGUGGUUCGAUCGUGAUUUGAGUCUUGCAGGCCGUGUUAUGGUAGAGCAAGAAGAUGGUACUUAUCGCCACACCUUGGUCAAGAUUAACAGACCUCUUUUGCGUAUUCCCACGCUCGCCAUCCAUUUGGAUCGUACAGCCAAUGACCAAUUCACUUUCAACAAGGAGGAACAACUUGCACCUAUCCUUGCUACUGCCACCAAGGCGGAGCUCAACAAGCCUGCUGAGUCGGAUAAGGCUGAAGCUGAUGAGGCUCACCAUCCUUUGUUGGUUCGUGUUCUUGCACAAGAAAUGAAGAUUAAGCCUGGUCAAAUCCGUGAUUUCGAGCUUGCUCUUUACGAUACUCAGCCAUCCACUGUUGGUGGAAUUUGCAACGAAUUCAUCUUCUCGCCUCGCUUGGACAACUUGGAAAUGUCGUACUGCUCCAUCCGUGCUUUGACUGAAGCCACCAACGUUGAGAAUGAUACCAACAUGCGUAUUGCUGUACUCUUUGACAAUGAGGAAAUUGGAAGCACCACUGCUCAUGGCGCUGAUUCAAACUUGUUGCCAGUAACUUUACAGCGUCUUGCAGCCACUCAGCUCAUGUCUGGUUCUGAUGUAUCGCCUACUGCAUUUGAAGAAGCUAUGCACAAGAGUAUUCUCGUGAGCGCUGAUAUGGCCCAUGCCAUCCACCCCAACUACCCUGAAAAGCAUGAAUCCAACCACCGUCCUCGCAUGCAUAAGGGUACCGUCAUCAAGAUCAAUGCUAACCAACGAUAUGCCACUACCGCUGUGACUAGCCUAGUGUUGAAGGAGCUUGCCAAAAAGCACAGCAUCCCCAUCCAGGAAUUCGUUGUCCGUAACGAUAGUCCAUGCGGAUCUACAAUUGGCCCUAUGCUGAGUGCUAAGCUAGGUUUGCGUACCGUUGAUGUCGGUAAUCCUCAGCUCAGCAUGCAUUCUAUUCGUGAAGUGGGUGGCACAGAUGAUGUGAAGCAUGGUAUUGAUCUCUUGAAGGUCUUUUACGAGGAAUUUGCUGAACUCGAAGCCCGGAUUGUUGUGGAUUAG